UCACAACAUGUUCGAACAUUCAAGCUCGACCCUCUAUUUCUCUCUUUACCAUCAGAAGAGAGUAACGCGGCCUGGGAAGGCUUGCCAGGCCCCAACGGUCGUGGGUUUAUAAAUUUGGAGGCCGACUCCGGCUUUGACUUCCCCGACAAAAUUGCAGGACUUUCUGUGUUCCAUCAACUUCAUUGCCUAGGUGCAUUGCGCAAGUUCAUGUGGGACGUAAUCUACGAUAAGGUGGAUGCGAAGAAAAUGCUGCAACAGUGGCCGAAGAAUGUCACUUCACCAACUUAUGACCAGGCCAUCCAUGGUCUUUGGCACAUCGCUCACUGCUUCGACUAUCUGAGGCAGGCUGUCCAGUGUUCUGGUGACACAUCUCUCGAAUUUGUUUCCGAAAAUACUGGACGUGCUGUGGUAGAUGGAUUGGACUAUCCCCACGAAUGCAAGAACUGGGAUGAGAUCUGGGCUUAUGCAUCCAAGUAUGCUUGA